AUGGACACACCCAGGCCCAGGGGCAUCGUCGUCUUUGGCGGCGGCACGGCCACCAACAGCCUGGUCGACGUGUUUGAGAGCCUGAGAGAGAGCCGCAACUGCUCGCUGAGCUACAUCAUACCCAUCAGUGACAAUGGAGGCAGCUCUUCGGAGCUCAUCCGUGUCUUUGGCGGUCCCGGUAUAGGAGACGUGCGCAGCAGACUCGUCCGCCUGAUACCGGACUCGGAGGCCGACGCCGGGCGGGCGGCCAUCAAGGCGCUCUUCAACCACCGCCUGUCGUCCGACCCGCUCCGCGCGCGCUCCGAAUGGCUGGACAUCGUCGAGGGACGCGACCAGCUCUGGGCCGACAUGUCGAGCGAGAAACGCGAGCUCAUACGCUCCAUCUUCAACCACGUGAACCUCGAGAUCGUCAAGCGGGCCCGGCCGAGCUCUGUCUUCAACUUUGCCAAGGCGAGCAUCGGAAACCUAUUCCUGACCGGCGCACGCGUCUUCACCGGCUCCCUCGAGUCCGCCGUCUACCUGCUCUCGACCAUCUGCGCCAUCCCGUCGACGGUGAGCACGCUGCCGGCCAUCAACAGCAACUUCACGCACCACAUCUGCGCCGGGUUGGCCGACGGGUCGCACAUCACGGGCCAGAACGCCAUCUCGCACCCGUCGGCGCCGACGGCGCUGCCUGACACCCGCGCCGCCGCCGAUGAGAACAACGACAACAACGACCACGUGCUGCGCGAGACCGAGGCCCACGACCGCAUCGAGGACGCCACGCUGCCGGGCUCGCUGCCCUCGCUGCGCAAGCCGUACAUCGACUUCAGCAAGGCCGACGCCGACGACGACGACCUGCCCGCCCGCAUCGAGCGCAUCUGGUACAUCAACCCCUACGGCCACGAGAUCUGGCCGCUCGCCAACCCCAAGGUCGUGGCUGCCCUGCAGGCCGCCAGCGCCGUCAUCUACAGCGUCGGCAGCCUGUACACAUCGCUAGUACCGAAUCUCAUACUGCGUGGCGUCGGCGCCGCCAUCAGCAAUGACGGCCCCGCGUCGCGCCUGCGGAAGAAGGUCAUGAUCCUCAACGCCAGCGUCGACCGCGAGACGGGUCCGCUCUCGCGCCCGCUGACGGCCACCGACUUUGUGCGCGCCAUCGCCCGGGCCGGUGCCGAGAGCCAGGGCCAUUUCGGGCACCAGGGCCGGGAUGACGAGGUGAGGCGCUAUGUCACACAUCUGAUCUAUCUCGAGGGCGAGGGGGUGCCUGCGGUGGACCGGGACGAACUGGCAGCGCUGGGCGUCGACGGCAUACGCGUCUACGGGCGAAGGACCGACGGGGUCUUGCAGUAUGACGAGGCCGGUCUGGCGCGGGCAUUAGAGGCCGUUAUGGGCAAGCCAGAAAUGGUACGGAGUCGUAGAAAUACAAGCACACAGUAG